UGCAUCUGCGAGAAUGCAGCAAACAACAUCUGGAAAUACACAUCUGAGUGUCCAAGCGACGCAAGUCGUACCAGUUGAUUCAGAAAUGAACGAGGGUGUUUCUUUUCAACGUGGCCGGUCACAAAGUUUCCGACGACAAAGUAUCUCUUUGAAUACUGUCAUUAAUCAUAGAAGAGCGCUUUUUGGGGCUCUCCUUACGGGCCUCGGCAGUAAUAUGUCACUACCAUCUUGUGUGACACACGACCAAGAGCACCCAGGUCAAGCCAGAGAAUCUGAGAUAACAACUACAACACCGAUUUCAUCGACAUUUUGUCCUACAAACCACCAGAAAACUAAGCAUGACGGUGAAUCCACCCAUUGUAAACCUAUGCUUCUACAACUAACACCAAUUGAUACCACUACCACUCCAUUAAGCAGCCUAGAUAUUCAAAAAGAUGGCAUAACCCUUGGUAAAAUUCACGUUUCAGAGAAACUGCCAGUUGAGCCAAUAACCAGGCUAACGUCCCGACACCAGCGGCAGCAGCAUGCGGAACUAAUGUCAAGUAUUAGUACUCUGUACGCGAAACUUCUCGUCGUCGUAGGCGUGGCCGUCCCGGUCACCGCUAGUGUAAGUCAGCAGGUGCCUGCAGCCUUGAAUCAGGGAUUUUAUCUCUAUCUAUAUUUGGCGAGUGUCUCGUUUGUCGUAACCAUGUAUACUACACUAAUACGUGACAAAGCACUAAAAAAAAUGAUUGUAAAACACGUCAAACAGCAGAAUACAUAUACUUUCGGAGAAAAUGGGACAAGUAUACAUACAUUCCAGCAACAACACAUUAACGCAGGCCCGUGCAAAUGUUCUAAGCUCCAAAAGCAUCAAAAACAGCCACUGAGAUCCCGUCACACCCAACAAUACGGAAGCUUCUGCUUGCGCCUCGGCACCGUCGGCUUCGGUGCCGGCGGCCUCGUAUUCACAGGCCUCCAGAUCGGUGCUGAAAUCGCCUCGGGACCGAUAAGGGCUAUCAUACCAGCUGCACGCUUCCUCCUCGUCACGGCCCAGAUGCAUUUCAUAUUUCUCAACAGUAAAGACCUCGUGUUGACGCGUCAUGAGGCGCUCGCUAAGCUCGGUCUCAUGCAUCUCAUCGCCACCAACAUUUGCGAGUGGUUACAGGCUCUGGUAGAGGAGACGCAGUACGAAAUCGACCAACUAGAACACGCGCACGAGGGCGACGAUGGCAUCCUCCGUAAACUGCUCGAGUUCAGCCUUAUAUGCGCCGUCAUACUCUUUGAAAUGUGGAAGCGGGUGGACGAGCGACACCGAGUCGAAGCAGCCUGCACUUACACUGCCAGGUCUAUGCACCAACUGAGCAUCGAUUGCGGUAGUGCCCAUAGGGGACUUUUUGGAGGUAUUUUGGUCGUCGCUGCAACGGUUCUUAGUCUAAUUAUGUUUUUCGUAUUAAAAGAAGCGCAGCCUAAAAUGGCUAUUCAACAAGUUACAUCACUUGAAGUUGCAAUACAAAUGUCAGGCACAAUCGCAGCUAUCGUCGGAGCACUGAAGCUUCGUGCUUUAAAUUACAAGGAAACGAAGCCACCUCACCUCGAUUCCACCCUACUGGCGGCGGCUCAGGCCGGGGUGUAUUUGCACUGUCUCUUCGGCACCGUCGGCAGUGUACUAACGCGCGGACCAACCUGGAUUCUUUGUCUCGCAGCUGAUUUUCUGGCCCUGCUCCAGAGCACCACGCAAACGAUACUCAUCAAGAUCGCUUGGAGAAGGCGCUCGAACUCGCAAGAGAAGCCUGGCAAGGAGUUGAUUACAUUCCUCAUCGUCGUCAAUAUCGCGAUGUGGACGGUAAACACAUUGGAGAAGUCGCGUGCCGUUGUCCGUCCUGACCACCUCGAAUUCUUCGGUAUUUGGGCCUGGACCAUCAUCACACAUGUAUCGAUGCCUCUCGUCAUAUUCUAUAGAUUCCAUUCGGCAAUCUGCCUGUUUGAGGUGUGGAAGAGUUGCUUCAAAUAUAAGCCACCUAUCGGCGUCGUCGAUCCGAUCUAUUGAAGUGAAUUAAAUUACUUUUGUGAAUUAAGCCAGCGACAACUGACUUUUCAUUUAUCAAAUACAAUAACACGCGUCAAACACAUAUUUGGAUUUAUAAGAUUUCGAGUAACUAG